GUAAAGAAAAAACGUGUAAUCCUUCCUAACACGGGAUCGUUUAAAUGCACAACUUGCAAUAAGGAGUUUCGAAUGAAGGCUACUUUUAAAGCACAUAUGAGGUUUCAUACUAAUUACUGUGUUUGUGAGUCUUGCGGAAAGAGAUGUCGUAACAACAACCAAUUGCAAGAGCACAAACGUGCCCGACACGGACUUGGCCGGAUACACAAGUGCGCGUACUGCGAGUACAGUUCGGCAACAAAAGAGGCUCUCACUAUCCAUGAACGACGCCACACAGGGGAACGGCCCUACAUCUGCGACCAUUGUGGUGCCACAUUCCACCGCCGCUCGAAUCUCGUGCAGCAUAUCGCUAUACAUCUACCGGAGAAGAAUUUCCAGUGCGACAUGUGCCCGAAGAAAUUAAAAUCGCGCAAGUUUCUUCAAAUCCACAAGCACAACGCGCACACAGGGCGGCGUUACGGUUACCUUUGUCCAAUCUGCAAACACCGCUUCGAGAAACCCAACAAAGUCCGCGCUCACGCAAGGCGCGUUCACGGUCUACCCGACGAACAACACCCGCCCAUUGUCAGAGUGCAGCUUUAGACAUGCUUUUGGAUACUUGCUAGGUUAAAUUCA